AUGGAGGCGGAGUCCCCCAGGUCCGAGGGUUCCUCCUCUUCCGCCCCCGCGGCCCCAUCUGUGCCGCCGGUGCGGAAGCUGAACGGGGGCCGCGGCAGGAGGGCGGCGGGGCCGCCGAGGAAGGCCCCAACCAUGCCGACGCCGGAGGAGCUGGUGGCGCUGUACGAGUCGCAGGGGAUGGAGCCGAGGGAGGCGUCACUGCGGGUCAUCAAGGACCUGCAGGCCGUCCUCUACCGGACGAUGGCCUCCGGGAGGGGGAAGAGGGACCGUUUCACGGCCGACACCGGGCGCAAGCUGGACAAUGUCGGCGCCCGCCUCGCCAUCGUCGAGAUGAAGCUCGACUCCAAACCCGGGUACCCGCACCUGCUCGCCCUCGGCGUGGCCGCCGGCGCCGUGCUCCAGGGAGUCGGCAGCGCGGCGCCGCACGUCCUCGGCGCCUUCGGCAAGAUGUGGCGGGCCGUCCUCUCGGCCGGCCGCUAG